GGAUAACGGAAGCCUAUUGUUGUCCCUGGUGGAACGACAUCCGGGUAUUGGAAUAAGCUAGAAACUAGGCAUAUGAGGGGGGAUUGAAGCCAGAGGCAGUCAAUUGAAAUGCCAGAAGGUAUGGCGGACGGCGGGACAAAGCUCCUAACAAUCGACGACCUCGUCGAGGCCCUGGAUAAGCGCGAGAGGGCGCCGAGUAAUGUCCCAAAGGUCGAGAUUUUCCAUUUCAAAGGGGACCGGGUGUCUGAGUGGCUGGAUCUGGUUGAGCAGGCGCUGGUGGGGUUGGCGGACCACGUGAAGUUUCAACGAAUCAUGAGAUACGUCCUUCUCAGCCACCAUAAAGAGGUUCACACGGGGCACACGGUCCCCUAUUCAGGCCCAUCAGCGAGUAUGGGGCCCCCGAGCUACCCGCUGACCCAAAGCCAGCCCGUGGCCCAACCGUCGCCCUCCCAGCAGGCCUCGCAAGCUAGUGUGGCCGGGGGAGGAGGCCAAGGACAAGGCGGGCAGGGCAACGGGGGCCGGGGCCACGGGGGUAGAGGAGGGGGCGGCCGGGGGCGAGGAGGAAAUGGUGGAGGCCGUGGAGGAGGCUGGAAUGGUCGAGGGGGUCAGAACCAAGGUAGACAGGGCAGCCAAGGAGGAGGCCAAGGGUAUGGGAGGCCACGCUUCGACUGGUGGAACGCGACUUGUUGGCAUUGUGGCGAGAUGGGCCACACUGUACGGUUUUGCCAACAGCGGCGGGACGAUGAGUUGGCAGGACUAAUCUCUACCUGUAUGGACGGGGAUAUAUAUGACCGGUGGGGAAAGCACAUUGAUCCUAAGACCCCAGGAGGGAUCAGGCAGGAAGCCCUGAGGCGGGCAGCGGCAGGGCCUCCAGCAGCCUCGGCAAUGUUCAGGAUAUGGAAGGAAAGGCAAGACCCCGGCGUAAGAGUCGAAGAGGUUGUGGGUGAAAAUGAGGAAGUGACUCAGCAGUUGAGGGCGGGGACUACAAAGGAGGAGCCCAUAGUGGUUGAGUCCGACGAAGAGACGCAGGAGGUGGUGGGAGAGUCGGCCUUGACCAUGUUGGAGAGAAUGGAGGACCUGCUUGUAAAGGUCGGCAGUUAUCAUGAACGGCUAAGGGCGAUGUGUGAAAGGGCCCGGGAAUGGAAAAUAAGCCUUCUUGAGGUGAUGCUCUAUGGGUCCGGUCCGGAGUCGUCGCCAGGAACGCAAGGAUGUCCAAGUGUGGCGACAACCGGGGCAGGUCCUAGGUCAGGAAUGACCUUCAGACCCCCUACGUCGCAUGGAAGGGUACCACGGGCGCAGACUAGGGGCCAAAGUAAGGCUACCACCAGUCAAGGGCCCAGCCAGGCACCCAGUCGGGCGCCCCCUCGAAAGGACCCUGAGCCCGAGCGAAGGAAGGAAGUGGUAGAGGUCCAAGAAGAGGAAGAUGAGGGUGAUGACGAAGAGGACGAGAGGCUUCGGCAGGAAGAGGACCGGAGGGUGGAACAGAGGGCCAAGAAGAGAGGGGUUCAGGGAGGGGUGGAGCCGAGUCUGCAUGAUGGCGUGCCAAAAAGGAGGAAGUAUGCGGUUCGGCUGGAGGAAGGCUUUGAUGUGGAGCGGAUGGUGGAUAAGCUCCUGGAGGGCCAUAACGAUCUGAUGAACUUAAAGGAUAUCUUGGCCUCAGCACCAAGGCUUAGGGGCGAACUGAAAGGGCGGCCCUCGCGAAGGUUAGUGCCCAAUGUCCACCUAAGUUCAAUUCUGCCCAGGGAGAUAGAGUGGACAGAGGUAAGCACUAGGAUGGAUUGGAAAUGUGUGGCGUGUGGGUUGGUAGACUUGAAGGUGAGGGACCAGCCGAGCAUCACAAUGGUGGACACGGGUGCGGAGAUGAAUAUCAUCCGGGAGCGGGACACAACGAUGUUGGGAUUGGAAGUUGACCAUUCGGACCAUGGCGUGUUGCAUGGCGCCAACUGCAAGGCCAUCUUCUGCGGCACCGCGUCUAAUGUGAUGGUGGAGAUUGGGAGGGUAAGGGCGCGAACGUGUUUCUUUGUCAUGCCCGAUGUUGACCACCCCAUCCUUCUGGGGAGGUCGUUCAUCUGCCGAACGGAGACCCUAGUCUUCAACAAGCAUGAGGGGACGAUGAUCCUGGCGCUAUCUGAUCCGGCUUGUGGGAACUAUGAAAUCAUCAAAUGCCGGAACACAGGGCCCGAAAGUGGGAGGAACAGGCUCAACCUCGACUCCUUUACCUUCGAGGAGUCUGAGUACGCGCGACUGAGACUCCGGGAGGAGCGGGAGGAGGAAGGAGCGCGCGAGGUAUUAUCCCUGAGCCUUAAUGAUGUAAAUAAGGCAAUGGAGGUGGUGGCGGCGCAUGAUAUGGCGGACCCUCAGGCUAUCAAGGCGUUGAGGGAGCAGGACCCAGAUGGUGGAACCAUGAAGAGGAGGCAUUGCGCGUAUGCGUUUAAUAACGACGAGCGUGGGAGGUUGGACGUGGAUAAGAUCCCAAUGAUACGAAUCCAUACCGUCCCACACGAGCCGUGGAACUUGAGGGGCGCGCGGUACCCGAAUCCGGAUGAGGUGAAGAAGGUGGUGGAUUACCUGGAUGGGAAGAUGAGGACGUACGUGGCGGAUUACUCCAGUGGACCGUACGCUUCCCCCUCGUUUUGUUUUAUCAACCCGAAAGGAACGCUGCGGUGGGUGCAGGAUCUGCAACGAUUGAACGCAGUGACAGUGCGGGACGUGGGAGGAUUGCCGAACGCGGACGCCCUGUCAGAGUCAUGCGUGGGGAGGCCUAUAAUCUCACUUAUAGACCUCUAUUCUGGGUAUGACCAGUUUCCUGUGUACCCACCGGAUAGGCCGGUGACGGCGAUGCAUACGCCAAGGGGGUUGAUCCACAUGAACGUGGCACCUCAGGGAUGGACUUAUGCGGUGGCAAUGGUGCAAAGGCACAUGAUUAGGGCCAUGCAGACAGUUAGUCCACAUAUCACUCAACCCUACAUUGACGACUUGGCGGUCAAGGGUCCAAAGGAAAAGGAGGAAGACGAAGUGAUGCCAGGAGUGAGGCGGUUCGUCUGGAAACACGUCCAGGAUAUCGAUCAGGUUCUGGGUCUGCUGGAAGAGCACAACCUGACGACGAGCGGCCCCAAGUCGAAGCAUUGCAUGAGGGAGGCCACGAUUCUAGGCUUUGUUUGCAACGAGGAAGGGCGGAGGCCAGAUGUGAAGAAGACGGACAAGAUCCUAGAGUGGUCAGUCCCCUUCCAAUCGAUAACGGACGUGAGAAGCUUCCUUGGGACCUGCGGGUUUUGGAGGAGUUUUGUGAAGGACUUCGCCACCAAGACGGAGCAUUUGAGGAAGCUGGGGAACUUUGAUCAGAAGGGCGGAGCCAGCUCCGAGAAGGGCGAACUUUUCAUUCCCGAGAGUCAGGAUGACGAGUUCGAAGAGGGAGAGAUUAGGGAGACCUUCCGUGAUGAGGAGUAUGACGGAAUUUAUUGGGAAUUAGGGUUACUCUGGUCGUGCGAAAUGAGGGAUAGGGACGCAGGCGCUAAGGCCCUGAAGAUGAGGCAUCUCUAUUUAGUGAGAGAUGGCCAUUUGUUUAUAAGGCGACAGGUUGGGAACCCCAAGAGGAUCGUAUGUGGGAGGAACCGGCAGAUCGAUGUCAUAGUAGCCUUACACGAUGGUAUAGCAGGGGGGCACAUAGGGGUUAGUGCCACGUGUGCGAAGAUAAGCGAGUUAUACCGUUCGGAUGGAAUGCUGACUAUGGUCAUCAAGUACUACCAAUCCUGUGUGCCUUGCCAACAGAGGUCAGCGCAAAGGCCUGGGGAGCAUUUACAUCCCAGGCUAGAAAGGGAAGUGGGUGCAGUCGUACACCUGGACCUCUUGUUCAUGCCACUCGGGGAGGAUGAAAAUAAUUAUAUCUUUGAUGCACGAGAUAACCUUACUGGGUUCGUGGACGGUCGGGCUAUUCGCACAAAGACUGACCCAGUUUUAGCCAGCAAGGAGUUGAGGCCGCCCUCGCCACUGCCAUUAGUGCAGGAGCUGGACAUACCAAGAAAGACGUCAUUCGGAAGCUUAGCGACUCAUCUCGAUGUAUCCCAAUGGGAGGCCUCACGACUGGGAGAGGGCUCAGUUGAGCCGGCGUGCUACGUGCCAUUGGAGGAGCCCCUCGACCCCGAGGUGGAGACAGACAUGCGAGACCGAGAGGAGCCACAGGAUCCUGAGAUGGCAGUCGGGUGGCCGGAUCCGGUACGACCUCAGAUUGAAGAGGUGAUCACGGUCGGAGACGAUACCCCUCCAUGCUCCCCAGUUCCAGAGCCACCACAGCGUUUAUGGACAGAGGGGAUUCCCGAGCCGGGCAGCGAGGAGAUUCCAGAGUCUCCGCCAGCGGCCACCUUUAUGCCAGAGCAAGAGGCAGAGGAGGAGGGUCAGGGAAUGUGUGAGAGAGCAAGGAUGGAGGUGCCCCCUGACUUGCCGCCAUCCGCGCACGAGGUCAAGGGUCCGGUUAUCGAGGAGCCCGUCCCAAUGGAGUUGCCGCCAGUAGUGCCAUGCACGAGCGAGAGGAUGGGGGCUGAGGAGACGGCUCCAGAGGGCCAGGGGCCGCGAGUAGGAAGAGCCCAAAGAGAAACCCGCGAAGAGAAGUCCGCCCGAGUGCGAGUCCGUCUGGACGAGAUACAUGCGAAGCAAGCCAAGAUGGAGACGACAGGGAUAGAGCCGACACCGCCAGUCGAGCCCAAGACGAACGAGCAGAGGAUUGACGAGUUGUGGGCUAGGUAUGAGAUCACAUCUUUCCAAUGGUAUAAUCUACUCAGUAAUGAGCUCAGGGUUAAGGAGUUGGAGGUAGAGCACCUGACUACUCAGCUUGCCGAGGAGAGGGUGAGGAGCAAGGCCAGAGAGGUUGAGUGGGAGAGGAGGUUUGGGGAGAUGUCGGCCACUAUGGAUAGGCUCUCAGCAGCCUGGGAGGCUUGCAGGACAGGGCCAGCCGGUGCCGAUAUCCAAGGCCGUGGGAUGCAGGCGUCGCCGAAUCGGGGAGUAGCAGUGGAGGUCCCUCGUCAGUCCGAGCCGAUGGAGGAGGCGCCCUUGGACGCAGUCGAGGAGGAGAGUGACGCGCAGGAGUCGCUUAUGGCUAUGUCCACGGAGAUGAGGGGUUCGCACUUGCAUGAGUUGGCGACAGCCAUGGGGAUAGGCACUCCACAGGAGCGGCCUCAGGGACUCGACGCUCCAGAGCAUGCCCCGAGGUUGGGAGAGUUGAGGGCGGAGCUGGGCUCCUGGGCCACGGGGACAGACUCAGGAGGGUCUGACUCGCGACGGCAACAGCAGCAGGAGGUCAUGAGUGAGCCCGCCACUAUGGGGGGCUCUCAGCCGUCAUGAGUAUGCAGGGAUCAGGCGGUGAUGAUAGGGAGGGCUCAUGAGGAUGGGCCCCAGGAGUUGAACACGCCGGAGCGC